AUGUCCUCGUCCUCCCCACAAAACAUGGCAGAAGCUCCAAAUGAAGUAGAACACGAUCCAGUUGCCGAUAAGGUGGAGGAACCUAGGAUGAUCAUGCCAAAUCCACAGGACCAAGAACAAGAAGCGGAAUCUGAAGAACAAGGAAGUGAUGGCCAAGCGAAUGACGACACCGAAGGUGCGUCCACGACUGAAGAUGCGGAGACUUUGCCAAUUGAAACAGAGACAUCGAACGAAACAAGUCAUGAAAACGGAGAUGUCACAGAGGAAAGCAUACCAACUACCAGCGAUGAGACUCCAAAGAAGCCUACUACUCCUGAAGACGAGAAGCCUCAGCAGGAUUUGAAUCAGAACCCACCAUUGGAACCUUCUUCCACAAAGCAGACUGUUGACAAGAAAGAAAUGGCCAAGGUAGCUACAAGACCUGUUGCUGAAAGGAAAGUGAUGGCAACACCUUCCUCAGUUGGCCCUGGUACUCUAUACAAGAGAGAGUCCUUACGAAAGGUGGUGGUGGAGGCACCAAAAGAUGCUUCCAAUAAGCAAUCACAAUCGGCUCUUCCCGAUGAAUUUACGCAGACCAAACAGAGACUCAGUAAGGUGGACGUCAGCAAGGUCGAGAACAAGUACAAGAACAAAAAUGCAACUGAAUCCGACAAGACCAACAACAACAAGAUCGAAGCAGUAUCGCUAAAGAAGGUGGGUGCUACAUCCGUCAAGCGCUGUAGCACUCCCAAUCAAAAAAUAUCUGGUGCGACCUACACGACGACUGGAUUGAAAAAGGUGGACAUGACAUUGGUCGAAAACAGGGCCAAGCCAACGCCUGCUCAGCUCCCUCAAGAAAUGUUCACCCGUACUCAGUCUUUGCGCAAAGUUGAUAUUGACAAGGUCGAGAAGACCAAGAAGUCUGCUUCAACACUUGGCUCGCAAACAAAAGCCAUCCCGCCAACUACCUUGAAAAAGGUGGACAUUUACUCGGUGGAGCACAAGGAAAGACCUGCGCCUACGGAAAUCCCCAAGGAAAUGACAUCCAAACGCAUGUCGCUCAAAAAGAUUGAUAUUCGUCAGCCUUUUAAUCCAUCCAGCAAGGCACCGAGCCAGCAACCAAGUUUGUCAGCUGCCACUUUGAAAAAAGUCGACAUGGCUGGUGUUGAACACAAGUCGAAGCCGGCUCCAUCAGCCCUACCAGAAGAAAUGACCAAGAGGAGUUCCACACUUCGCAAGGUUGACAUUGGUACGGUGGAAAAGACCAAGCAUUUCGAGCCAUCGUCGCCCACAACUUCAAUGCCAUCCGUUGCAUUGAAAAAGAUGGAUCGAGCGGCAAUGGAAGACAAACAACUCAAGAUUCCCUCCAUGGAAGUACCAGAUGAUGAAGUCAAGAAACGCAGCUCGAUGCUUCGCAAGGUUGACAUUGGUACGGUGGAAAGGACCAAGCAUUUCGAGCCAUCGUCGCCCACAACUGCAAUGCCAUCCGUUGCAUUGAAAAAGAUGGAUCGAGCGGCAAUGGAAGACAAACAACUCAAGAUUCCUUCCAUGGAAGUACCAGAUGAUGAAGUCAAGAAACGCAGCUCGAUGCUUCGCAAGGUUGACAUUGGUACGGUGGAAAAGACCAAGCAUUUCGAGCCAUCGUCGCCCACAACUUUAAUGCCAGCAGUCGCAUUGAAAAAGGUAGAUCGAGCGGCAAUGGAGAACAAAGUCAAACCUUCUCCUACCGAAGUGCCAGAGGAAGUCAAGAGACGCAGUUCUGCGCUUCGCAAGGUGGACAUUGAAACGGUUGAAAAGACCAAGCAUUUUCAGUCAUUCUCUUCUCAGUCGGCAAUAAUGCCUUCUAUCGCAUUGAAAAAGGUAGAUCGAACCGCAAUUGAGCACAAAGUCAGGCCUGCUCUUACAGAAGUACCAGAUGAAGUCAAGAGACGCAGCUCGACACUUCGUAAGGUGGACAUUGAAACUGUGGAAAAGACCAAGAAUUUCGAGCCAUCUUCUGUCCAGUCGACAAUGCCUUCUCUCGCAUCAUUGAAAAAGGUAGACAUAGGCGCCGUCGAACACAAAGCCAAACCUCCCAUGACAGCCUUGCCCGACGAAGUGACCAGGCGAAGUUCGUCUCUUCGAAAGGUAGACAGAGUCGAAAAGAAGGGAAGCUACAAUAAUAAGGCUGCUGCCAAGACUUCUGAGCUUCCUACAGUUGCCUUGGACAAGGUCCAAGAAAAAAUGACGGAACUCGUCGAACAGUGA